AAGGGACUGAGUCAAUGACGUCGUGCUUGGACAGUGGUCACGGGACGACGCCGCGGCGGGACGGGAAGGAUUUCAGGUUUGGUGAAUUGGCGAAUGCAUUUGGGCGGCGGGACUUGGGCGAGAACCUCGCCAUUUGGGUACAUGCCAAAUCGUAAAGGCAAUUGAUGAGCGCGAAACCGAGGCUUUGAAUGUUAGCAGACAACACUGAACAUACAGAAUUCUACGGUAAUAGAUUGUCUGACAGUUCCUUGACAGCUCACGCUGGUAAUCAGUGGCAAUCGUAGGUAAUAUUGCACGUUUUCACUGGGACUCAUUGUCAACGUACCCUCCAGGUAUAGCUUCAGUGCCGCGGCGGGACAUGCGUUGGCGCUUCGGCAACACAUUCCCCGCGAUCCCUAUGACUACCAACUCGAAGGGGUCUCGAUGGACGCGACUUGCUUGCUAUGCUAGCAACAGGCUCCGGAAAAAACUGGUCAUGUUAUGAUGUAUGCGCUAAGCUCGUUCAGUUGACAAUUAAUCCUCACUUCUGCAAGUUCUAUGGCAGAGUAGGGGUCUACCCGGAGGGUACCCGCCCUAGGCACAGACCCGUGACAGCGGGUACGGGUUCUGCGUGGGUCCGCACGGGUUGUACGGAUCAUGGCCUGUCACGCACAGGGUGGGCGAGUGGGCGGCGAGAUCGGACAGGCGGUGAGAGCAGGCGGGCAGGUGUGAGUGGGCAAGCGGGCGAGAGCGGACAGGCAGGCGAGAAGCUGCGUGUGGGCGGCCAAGAAGGCGAGUGCAAGCGGAACAGGCGGGUGGUCGAGCGGGCGAGCGAGGCAGCAGGCAACCAGGAGCAAACAGGACGGCAGACGAGCGGGACAGUGGGCACUCCUCUCUUCGCCGCAGCGCGUCCGAACCCGCCCCUCAAGCCCGCCUCCUCGUUGGGCGGCGAUCCGUCAUCUCUCCGCUGGACGCACCGCGGCACAAGGCGGCAGCCGCCCCCGUGCAUCCCCCACCGAGCGCGUAUAUACGCGCGCAGAGAGCAUCAAUGUAGCUGCGGCGGGGACAUAUGGCAGCCCGCCAUCUCGCCGCCGCGCCGGGAACAUCGCCAGGCUGCUUCUUCGGGGGGUGGCCGAGUUUCUUGUAGCCAGUGAUCAUGUAACUCGCGAGACAUCCAACGAAGGAGUUUGCGAUAGUGAAUGAUGAAGUCCGGGAACUUGAAGUUGAACUGAUGAGGAUUGAAGGCGAAGGGCGCAAUGCAGAGAGGCCCGACCGAGAACCAGAAGUAGAUGAGAUAUGGAGUCCAAAGGGCCAUGGUCGCAUGC